AUGGCUUCUUUCGAUCAAUUUUUAGAUGGAGAAAGUAGCCAAGAUGCUGAAGUUAGGUAAGAACAUCAUUUUGAAUUUUAUUUAUUGUUUUAUUACAGUAAUCGAAUGGCAAAUAUAUUCGCCGAAGAUGAUGAGCAAGACACUAUUGUAGAAAAACCGAAACCUUCUAUGAAAAUAUUCUCCACAACUGCUUUUCUAUCUGUAGAAAAUGCGCAGAGUAUCAAAUGUGGUUUGAUUGUGAUAAAAAAUGAUGGAAAAAUCUACACAAUUUUAUACGACUCCUCAAAAAAGUGUAUAUUUCGAUGUGAAUUGAAUCAACUGUUAAUUGAAAGUAUUGAUCAAGCAUCGCUCAGUAUAAAAUAUGAUGUUCCAAUCGAAAAUAUUCAUCAAAAGGCUAAGCUAACAUUCAUCGAUCUUUCCGAUUUCACAAGAUAUUCAGCUCUACUUUUCCUACACAACAAUUCCAAGCCAUUUUUCAUAUUGGAUUCUGGUGGAGCUGGUGAAAAAAUCGAGGAAUAUUUUUCAGUUCUUUACGAUACUGUUAAAUAUAAAAUGGAACAAAUUGGGCUAAGUCUUCCCGUUCCACAAUCAAAUAUCAAAUCAAAAUUGACACCAGAAAAAUUGGAAAAUCAUCCAUAUUUGUCUAAUUUUGUGGGACUUUCAAAAAAUGCAAUUUUAUUGGUAAAACCUGACGAGGAAAACGUUGUUUAUCAGGUAAAUUUUUUUAUUUUAUUUGUGGGUUUUUUUCAGAACUCAAACAGAUAUUUCAGGUCACAAUAAGAAAAAUCAAAGCUCACACACAAAUAAUCGAAUCAUCAGUUGAACCAGAAGAUCCUUCAUUAUUGGAAAGAAUUUCGAAAAUUGGCAAAAAUGUGAUGCCACCACCAACAACAUCUCAGGAAUCAAAACCAACAGAAUCUCUAAAUUUAUAUGAAAUUAUUCAUCGGGUUGUAGGUGUUGAAAUUGAUCGAAUGGAAAUGAGACUGAAUGCGAGGCUAGAACAUUUUGAAACACAGGUUUGAUAUUUUCCCAGGAAAAAAAUAAAUUCACAAUUUUCCAGGUUAUCGAUCGAUUAGAAAAACAAAAUCGUCUAUUGGAAUCAUUAGUCAAACGGGAGAAUGAAAAUUUAUGA